AUGGCAAUUAAUGAGUGCAAAGAUAUUGAGAAUGGUCUAGAAAAGCCCUUUCUUGAAAAUGCCAAAAUUGUUGAUUCUGAAUAUAAAGAAGCUCAAGAUGGAUCUAUUUGGAUGGUUUUAUUAAGCACUUUUGUUGUUGUUUGUGGUUCUUUUGAAUUUGGAUCAUGUGUGGGGUACUCUGCACCCACACAAUCUGAAAUUAGAAAUGACUUGAAUUUAACUCUAGCCCAGUACUCCAUGUUUGGUUCCAUUAUAACUAUUGGUGCCAUGAUUGGAGCAAUCACAAGUGGAAGAAUUGCAGACUUUAUUGGGAGAAAAGGGGCAAUGAGAAUGUCAGCUAUAUUUUGUAUUACUGGAUGGCUAGCUGUCUAUUUUUCCAUGGGAACUUUGGUACUUGAUAUGGGAAGGUUCCUCACAGGAUAUGGCAUUGGAAUAUUCUCAUAUGUGGUUCCAGUGUUUAUUGCUGAAAUAGCUCCAAAGAAUCUACGUGGAGGAUUGACAACAAUUAAUCAACUUAUGAUUGUUUGUGGUUCAUCAGUUGCUUACUUACUUGGAACCGUCAUAACAUGGAGAAAUCUUGCUUUAACUGGAAUUCUUCCAUGCACUUUCUUGCUAGUAGGUUUAUGCUUUAUCCCAGAAUCUCCAAGAUGGCUGGCAAAAGUAGGUCUUGAGAAAGAAUUUGAAGUGGCAUUAAGAAAGCUUCGUGGUAAAGAUGCUGAUGUUUCUCGUGAAGCUGCUGAAAUCCAGGCUUAUGUUGAUACUCUUCAAAGCCUCCCCAAGACUCGAAUCUUGGAUUUGUUCGGUAGCAAAUACAUCCGAUCUGUGAUCAUUGGUGUUGGAUUGAUGGUGUUCCAACAGUUUAUAGGAAUAAACGGUAUAGGUUUCUAUGCUAGCCAGACUUUUGAAUCAGCAGGACUCUCUAACAGCAAUAUUGGGACUAUUUCCUAUGCUGUAGUGCAGGUUCCCAUUACUGUUGUUGGUGCAUUUUUGAUGGACAGAUCAGGAAGAAGACCACUUCUUAUGGUGUCAGCAACAGGGACGUUUGUUGGUUGUUUUCUGACUGGAGCUUCUUUCUACCUAAAGGGAAAUGGCAUCUUACUUGAAUGGGUUCCAAUUCUAGCUGUAUCUGGUGUACUGGUUUACAUAUCGGCUUUUUCAAUUGGAAUGGGAGCAGUUCCUUGGGUUAUUAUGUCAGAGAUAUUCCCAAUUCAUGUAAAAAGUGCUGCUGGAAGCCUGGUAGUUUUAGUGAACUGGUUGGGCGCGUGGGCUGUUUCUUACACUUUCGGUUUCCUCAUGGCCUGGACUGCCACUGGUACAUUUAUGCUAUAUGCUGGAUUCUCUGUACUCACUAUACUAUUUGUAGCAAAGGUAGUGCCAGAAACAAAGGGGAAAACAUUGGAGGAAAUUCAGGCCAUCAUCAAUUCUUGACUGGAAAUUUCACAAUCUAGUUUAGCCAACUAGACAGACGGACCUCGGAUAGCACACAUUAUUAAUCGAGAAAUGGUUCAAAUUUUUUGAUGAUGGAGAAACAAAAGAAGGAACGGGAUCAACGGAAACUUCCCUCUUGUACUAAAACCGGAUAUCCCAAGAAGAAGGGAAUUCGACUGUGUAGAUUUUAUUCUAGGUUUUGUAGCAAAUAAUUUUUUGUAGAAAAUACGUUGUUGAAUGAAAGAUGAAGUUAAAGCUGCAUUGAGAAGGGAAAAAAAAAAACUUGAUCCUGCUUUACUCAAUUAGUCCAAUCAUUUGUUGAACUAUUUGGCUUAGUGUCAGAUUUUAGUGCUUUAGAGGUUGUUUCAUAGUGUGCAUAAGAGUAUCGGUAAUACAUGUAUUUUCCCCUAAAAGCUUGAUCUUACUUUUUUUUAA